AUGUUGAUGUUGUUCCACUUGCAGGUCGAGCUUAGCUGUGUAGAGCAGCUCGUGGAGAUCAGCCAAGCGCGGGCGAUCGGUGAUGCACUGCAGCUUCUCGGCGACGGUCACCUCGUGAAGGGGGGACGGUCGCGGGUGCUCUUCGCCGAACUGGUCAUGCCUCGUCGAUUUGAGCUCGCUGCCGCGGUCAACCGCCUCCGCACGGUGCAGCGGGGGCUCCUGCAGGCAGCUGCCACGAAAGUGGGCAUGCUUCCACUCGAGGUGGCUCGCGCCGGAGGCUACUACCUUUGUGGCAGUGUCCCGGGCGGCUGUACGAACGAUCCGCUGCAGGCCUUCGUGCAGGCAUGGUCCGGACGAACGGCCUCUGGAUUCGUGCGGACUGCAGACGAAGAGGCAGACGAGCUUCGUGAGGCCUUCGCCCUGCACCCGCAUCGGCGAGCCUCCCAGCCGGAUGUGCUCCUUUGCACCAAUCUCGCCGUGUUCUGUUGGCUCCUGCGCCGAAGAGGAGCUGAAUCCUCCAAGAUGACUAUGCCGGCACUCCAUGUGUUUGGCAUGGCUUUCCUGGCGGAUGUGCCCAGUUCAUGGAGGUCCGACAUGUUGGCUGACUUCCACGCCUGGUGGAGCUCACCAGGCCCAGACGUCUUCGCAGCCUGUCAGGAGGUGCUAUCACUUCAAAUGUGGUGGCAGAUGGGCGUCAAGGUCCCGUUCGUACCUCUCGCGGGUAUCUCGUCGCGGGUCGGAGCGGCCUACGACCCUCCCAAGGAGGAACCAUCGUUGCUGGUACUUCGAAGCGUCUUUUGGCACCUGCCAGCGGGACAGGUCUUCGCGGCCCUUCUGGAGCGCUUUGCAACAAGUGCGUCGCCCCGCGUGCAGCUCACCUGGCUUGGGCGCUACACGCAUAGCAUCAGCAUGCGGCAAGUUGGGCCUCAGGAGUCGAAGCAGUGGCGAUCCUUUGACAGCAUGGGGCAGCACACAUGCGCGCUUGAUGUUCCAGCAGAGAUCUCUCAGAUGAAGGUGCGAGAUGUGAUGGGCAUCGGCCUCCCUUUGAUGUCGCCAGACAGGGCUUGGCUGCUCAGGUUGUUGCAUGACAUGUACCGUGGGUGGGGCCAGCUGCACAUCGAGUACGGCAGUGAACGAUCGCCGCGUGCUGACUCGCACGAUUCGUGGCCCCAUGCACCCUUCUACGAUCCGAAAGCAGAUCCCAUCAGCCGGCUAUCGUACUGGCUGCAGCUUGCAGACCACUUUCGGUACCCCAGCGUCGUGCACUUUGCAUCUUUGCCGGAGAUGAUGGAGAAGGCCAUCGGUGAGGAUUGGGCCAAAAUCAGCGUUCAGACGCGUGCGCACCAUCGACGAGUCAUGUCCGAGAGCGAAGCGUUCUACGCAGACAGCCUGCUGCAGCUGCUCGGAGAAAAGGCUGAUGUAGAGCUAGAAGUUCUGCGGCGAGAUCAUCGUAGCUCAGACCCGGAUGCUUUGAGCCCGGCAAUUCCGGCAAUUGCUUCUUUGCGGAAGCAGGCUGUUUUCCAAGCCAUGCCGAUGCCGGCACAGCUUGCGGAGGAGGAGUCCGUUGCGGCUUCAUCGCAUUCACAGCGCUUCGAGCACACCAAUGCAAGCAGCUACAAGUAUGAGCACACCGGGGCUAGCACUCUCAAGAAGGCACAUUCCUGCCUCUCUCAAGGCACGACGGCACUGACGGGAUUAACCCCCGACAACAAAAGCGUAGUGUCAGAGUCGCAUGCUUCAGUUCCGGAGCUCAAUGCCAUCAAGGCCGAUGUCGAGAAUGCCAUGCCCUGUGGCGAAGCAGUCAGCAUCUGGACGCGGUCGACCAUUGGGAUUGUGCUGAAUGGAUUCCUUCUUGCCUUCUUGAGCGCCACCUGCAGUGGUGUUGUCUACGGCUUCUUUCUGGGCUACAUGGGCUUAGAGUCCUAUGUCCUGGCAUCCAUUGCGGCACUCAUGAAGCUUCCGGACGUCUUCCCCUUACCUUAUGGGAUUCUCACCGACUGCUUUCCCAUCCGUGGGCAGAAGAGGAAGCCUUGGCUCUUGAUUUCCUGGGCCAUCUCAGCCGGUGCACUCCUUACAAUGAGCCUGAAGCCCCAACCUGGCCCGUUCUACUGCUUCGAGAACGGGGACUACAACUGGUAUGUGCCCCCCUGCAACCCUGGUAUUCUGAAGCAGAAGAACUGGUACGUCUUCCCGAUGUUCAUCUUGACAGCUGGUCUCCAGCUAGGCAGCGUUUCGGGUCAAGCCCUGCUUUUGGAGUACUCGCAGCUUGAGCCGCUGGAGCGCCGUGGGCAGAUCAAGGCGGAGAUGACCAUGGUGUGCACGGCAGGGUCCCUGGCUUCCUCACUGUUUAUUGGCAUCUUCAUGAACAGCAAGGAGUACUUGGGUACCUUCGACUGGGGCUUGUCCUUCAGUGGUCUGAUGGCUGUUUGCCUGGUCCUGGUCAUCUUGAUCAUCCCUGUGACAGUCAUGUGUGUGUAUGAGCCCCCAAAAUCUGGGCAACGCACAUCGUGCCGCGCUCAUGUCAAGUCUUCUUGGGAGCUCGUGCAGGGGAAAGCACUCUCGAGCCUUCUUUUCUUCGCUUUCUUUGUCCAGUUUUUGGUCUCCAUGACGACGACCGCCGGACCAAUGGUCCGGAGCCAAUGGGCGCAUGUGAAAGUUCUGCAGCAGCAGAUGUUUGGCAUGGCUGGUCUGGGCAUCAUGAUGGCGGCCACCUGGGUCUACAGAGUGUACUUUCUUCAGGCAAGCUGGAGAAAAGCCAUCUUUGUAGCGAUCGUCGCAGUGAACCUGCUCGAUGCCAUCCCACAAUUCCUCACGACUUUUGAUUUGGUGCGGAACCAGUACUUCUACCUGGGCGAAGACGUCGUGAGCUCCAUUCCCAACGCCGUCUUGCAAUUAGUCUCGAACUUGAUGAUCAUCGAGCUCGCCGAGCCGGGCCGGGAAGGUCUCUCCUACGGCCUGAUCGGAACUUUGCAGCAAUCCGCUUUGCCCUUUGCCACGGUGAUCAGCAACCAGGUCUAUGGGCUUUUCGACCCAAAGCUCUCGAACCUGGAGAACUACAUCCUGGACACUCCCCAGUUUCGCUCGACCGUCGCAUGGUCCUAUGUGCUGACCUACACCACCUCGUUCCUUGCCUUGGCUUUGCUCCCGAUGAUUCCAUGGCAGAAAGCCGAGGCUCACAGGCGGAAGAAAGAGUGGAGCUCCAAUUCCGCCAUGGCAGCCAUUGUCCUUGUGAUCCCGGCCCUCUGCUUGACCUACGGAAUCAUUGUCUUGCUGCUGACAAGCCAGCCUGAGACCGCUUGCCUUCGUUGGGUGGGAGGCCAGGGCUGCGCCGAGGUGAAUUCGACCCCGGUGCCCUCGGUUUUCGAGGCCAGGGCUACUCCGGCGCAGCGCAUGAAGGAGAUCCAGUUCGGAUGCAAUGCAGAAGCCUUAAUAACUAGAAUAGAGCUUUGGGGUAUACUGUAA